CAGGUGACCAUCUGUAGCCUCUUACCUGUUACUACCACACCUGAACCAGCUACUACCACACCGGUACCCAGCAUCAUGCUCCUUUUAAGACUGACUGCGUUCACCUGUGAGUAUACUGAGGCAGUUUAGAAUAUACAUUCCAAUAUUUUCCAGAUGUUUCUAAAUUUGUUAGUUUGUAUUUGUAAGUAGGUGAAGUCCAAUAUAAACAGUAUGACCCAGGUGUAGUAUACAGCAUCCUGUAUAAUCUGAGGACUAGGUGCUGUUCCAUGUCUGUCUGUACUCUGUAUCAUACUGUACACUAUAUACUUACUGUACACUACUUCUCCUGUAAAGAAUUGCGAAGAGACUGACCAAGGUUAGAAAAGCUGAACUAGCUGUGUGAUGUUUUUCAGUGCUGGCUGCAGCUUGCUGUACACUACCGGCUGCAGGUACGUGGUUGUGUGGGUGGUUGUGAGUGUGCACGCAUCAUCUAUAAUGUGAUGGUAAUUAUGUUUCUUCCUCAGCAACUAGAGUGGUCACCUGUGACAAUGGAGACAACGUCCAGUUCCUGAGCUGUGGUAUGAACACACACUACCCUGAUGGUCUCUCCGUAGUGCUGUCUGUCUCUUUACCUGUUCUUAUUCUUUCCCUGCUAGAUUCUGGAGUGAUCUUCAUUGAGAGAGCUCUGUACGGACGGACUGACGGAACCACCUGCAAAGAAGGACGAACUGCCAACCAGCUGACCAACACGCGGUGUUCACAGACGGGCGCCCUUGAGGUCCUCUCACAGAGGUACACACAGUGUUUAUUUGAUAAAGAAAGGCUGGGAUUGUCAGAGGCGUGUUGUUGAAAAGCACAUCACAGUAUCGUCUAUGCUUUUUUUUUAAAGCCAUUUUUCCUGACGUUCGCGGUAAACACUGCAGAUGUCUGUUUAAAAUGUCAAGCGCUGCAUGCUUGUUGACAACGCCUUUGAUUAAAUCCCAGCCAUAGCUCAUCUUACCUCCUGAUAUCCCCCAGGUGCAAUGGGAAACAGGUGUGUGAAGUGAACACUGAAGUUUUCCGUACUUCUGACCCCUGUGUCGGAAUCUACAAAUACCUGGAAACCACCUACACCUGCAUCCUAGCAAGUCAGUCUGUCUUAUUAUUAUAAUAAUACACCAGGCUAAUGUGUGUCUGCUAUGAGAAGGUAUGCCUUUGUCUGCCCAGCAGUGGCCAGUGUGGUGUGUAAUUCUUGUUUUGUCCUGGCAGCACGCAGCAUCACGUGUGAAGGCUCUGAAGCUCUACUAGAAUGUGGUAAGGAUCUGAUGCUCUACUAGAAUGUGGUAAACUUGUCAACACUCUGCUGUACAGUAUACUCACAUCUCAUAUGAUUAUGUAUUAUUCACGGUUUAUAUUACCGUCACUUGCACACCAAAGACCUCCAGCCUUACCUCUGUUCCUCCUCCUCAGAUGAUGGUACGAUCCAGAUCCACAGUGCCAACUAUGGUCGCCGUGACCAGCUAGUGUGUUCCUUUAAUCGGCCCGCUAACCAACUAGCCAACACCAACUGCCUCAGCCAAUCCACCACCGCCAGUAAGGUGGAAAAGAGGUACUGAAACCUGCAGUGUGUACUGUAGUGUUAACCUCUACCUGUAGAAACAUGACUAGCGUUAACCUGUAUCUGUCGUUGACACAGGUGUGAUGGGAAUAGCCAGUGUAACGUCCCGGCGUCCAACUCUCUGUAUGGAGAUCCCUGUGUAGGAACCUACAAGUACCUGGAUGUGGCUUACACCUGUGGCUAAACGUGAGGCACGCACACUAACGCAUGCACACACGACUGGGAAGUAGAAUGCUGGGGCUGACCGUUUUGUCUUGCAGGAGAUCUUCUCUGAGGAACAAAGACCAGAGAGACUUCUGGGAUAUCUUGCUCUUCAUUGGUUGGAUGUCUUCUCUCCUCCUUUGACAUCUCAGUUGAGAGUAAAAUCUAUGUAAAUUGCAUGUUUCCAUGUAAAGUUCAAGAUUUGUAAAUCACAUUCAUUGUGUAUUUUGUUGUAGGCAUUUGUGUGUAGUGAGGCCCUCUGGAGUAAAAAAAAUACUAAAUGAGGCCUUCUGGAGCUUUAUCCCUGGUGCUGCAGCAAGGCACGGUCAGGAGGACUCAUGGAGAAAUCAAACAUUAACCCCAG